AUGGGGGCCUGGAGGAGUAGUGGGGACGCGAGUAGUAUGUGGAUCACAACAUCAAACUGCAUUAGGGAAGCUGCUAGAGAGGUGUUAGGCGUAUCCAAGGGUUAUUCGGGAGGCCACAAAGCAGAAUGGUGGUGGAAUGAGGAGGUCCAAGGAAAAGUGGAAGCUAAGAAAGCGACAUAUCUGAAGCUAGUAGGGAGCACAUAUAAGGAGGAGCAGAGGACGUGUAGGGAGCGUUAUAAGAUGGCAAGUAAAGAGGCAAAAUUUGCAGUCACGGCGGCUAAGACUGCAACUUUUGAGAGAUUGUAUGAGGAUCUUGGGAGCAAAGGAGGAGACAAGAAACUGUACAAGUUAGCCAAGAUUAGGGAGAGGAAGGCUUGGGACCUGGAUCAAGUGCGGUGCAUCAAAGACGAAAAUGGUAGGGUUCUGGUGGAAGAGGUGGGUAUUAAGCGUAGAUGGCAGGAGUACUUUCAUAGACUCCUGAACGAGGAAGGGGACAGGAACAUCGUACUAGGAGAGUUGGAAAACCCAGGGAUCCAUAGGGAUUUUGGGUUUUGUAGGCAUAUUAGGAGCGAGGGGGCAAUGCGGAAGAUAAGCAGGGGUAAGGCAACUGGGCCUCACGAGAUCCCAGUAGAAUUUUGGAAGGAAGUGGGGCGGGCAGGCUUGGAACGCCUUACUGGGUUGUUUAAUGCCAUUUUCAGGGGAAAAAAGAUGCCCGGGGAGUGGCGGUAG